AUGGCGCGCGACAUAGAUGACGAUGCAUACGUUGCAGAACUACUCAAGCAAGAUGCGAAGAAGGCCACAAAGACAUAUGAGCUUGUUGGCAUCGAUGCCUUCAAUCCGAGGAGGAUGAAUUCUCGCGCGCCGAGACCGAACAAGAACUUUUUGCAACACCUUAUUCGCCAGACUGAUAGCCACAAUACUGCGCUCCUUGCGAAAGAGGCGGAGGAGUCACGCGCCCGGCUUAGGAAGAUGGACCGCGACCGGAAAAGGGCGGGCGGUCGCGAAGAGGACAAUGGCAGAGGCCCCGAAGGACGGCUGAUCACAGCAGCAAGCGACAGUAACGGCCACGACGCAACGCCGCGCAGACGGCGAGACCGAAGUGAGGAUAAGAGCAGGCAUAGGAGAGAGCAUAGAAACAGGGAACGGGAUGCUUCGGCGGGUGUAUCAUCCCGUCGACAUCGAGACAGAAGUAGAGAUGAGUAUCGACAUAAGAGAAAACAUGAUAGUGAAGAGGAAGACCGUUCCCGUCGGAAACGGAUACGAUCGAGGUCUCCCCGAGACAAAUCGCGCAAAGACAAGUACAAUGAAGAGCAAGAGCGUUGGAGACCUCGAAGGAGAGACGACACCGAGCGCAAACAUACAAGGCACAGGUCGCAUUCUAGAACAUCUUCGCCAUCACGGUCACGGCAUACCGAAAGACAUAGGAGACGUAGUAGGCAUCGAGACCGAACUCGUUCUCGAAGUCCAAAGCAGAAGCACACUACCACCAAUUCGCAUGAAGACGACCGACGUUCCAAUAAACGAUCCGCAUCCCCAGCAUCCGACUCUGAUCCCCUCGAAGCUAUCGUAGGCCCAAUUCCACCACCUUGCGAACCCACCGUACGUUCCAAAGGACGUGGUGCUUACAAAGCAAAUAACAUGGGCAUCGAAUCGCGAUUCUCUUCCACCUACGACCCCUCUACAGACGUUUGCGUAACCUCCGAUGUGGAAGACGACUGGGGUGAUGCUCUGGAAGCCUUGCGCGACCGUGCCCACUGGCAGCAACAAGGCGCUGAUCGACUCAAGGCCGCAGGGUUCACAGACGCGCAGGUGAAGAAGUGGGAAAGAGGAGACACACAGAAUGAGGAGGAUGUGGUGUGGACAAGCAAGGGCCAGGCGAGGGAGUGGGAUCGAGGCAAAGUUUUGGAUGAAGAUGGAGACGUCGAGCUCAAGGCUGAUUUUGGGCGGCUGAAGUGA